AGGCGGCCAAGAUUUCGUGACUGUACCUUCCAUAGCGGCUGCCAAGCCUUUUUCUUCCAAAAACCCUAGGUGGUUAGCAUCCCAAUUUUGCUAGUUUCGCCUUCAUGCCACCACAAAGAAAAGAAUCCAUGGAGAAGAAGAAGCGGAAGCUCUUAGUUAGAAAUGACCUUGUCGAUAAGGAAGGUGCCGGCUAUGAUGUGCCCGUGAACCUCCAAUCGGAGAAGCACCUGCGAUCACUUCUCACCCCUCUCGGACAAGACCAGCUCGUUGAACUCCUCGUCAAGACAGGUAUGAAAAUUCCUGAGGUUGCUGAAGAAAUUAGAGGUGUAGCAAGUACUGAUCCUGUACAUCGCAAACUUUUUGUUCGUGGCUUGGCUUGGGAAACCACUUCAGAAACUUUGCGUGCUGCCUUUUCUUUGCAUGGUGAAAUUGAGGAAGGAGCUGUUAUAGUUGACAAGGCAACUGGAAAGUCUCGGGGUUUUGGCUUCAUCACAUUCAAGAACAUGGAAUCCACUCAAAAAGCGCUGGAAGAACCAAGCAAAUUGAUUGAUGGCCGCCUAGCUGUUUGCAAUCUAGCUUGUGAAGGACUCAGCAGUGCAUCUGUCAGUGCCGAUGUAGCAUUGAGAAAAGUAUACGUUGGAGGUUUGUCUCCAGAUAUAUCAACUGAAACAUUGCUCAGUUUCUUUGGAAAGCAUGGGGAAAUAGAAGAAGGUUCGGUUGCAUAUGAUAGAGAUACCAACAUAUCAAGGGGAUUCGGGUUUGUGACAUACAAGUCCGCUGAGGUUGCAAAGAAGGCAAUUGCUGACCCAAAUAAAAUCCUUGGGGGGAGGAGCAUCACUGUGAAGCUUGCAGAUACACAGCACAAGGGCAAACUUAUGCAAACUCAGGUGCCUGCCACUGUGGUACCUAUAGCCAUACCUAUUCCAGCUACUUACCCACAGGCUCCCAAGUCACCAAUCAGGACUGCAACAGCACCUGUCACUUAUGCUCCAUAUCUGUACAGCAGUCCGUACGUCAAUCCCCCGUCGCACUACCUAUUGCAGUCUCAGGUCCCAUAUCCACAUGUUAGUGCAAAGGAGCCUUAUGGAAUACCUUCUCCAUCUCCAACUGGAAUCUCAGGUUACCCAUACUAUUUCACCAAACAUUAAUUUAUCAACCUUGUUAUUAGAAUCUGACUUUGGAUAGCAUUGCCUUGCAUCAGGUAUGCACUUUUGUUUAUGUGUAUUUUAGCUACUGUAGUUGAGAGUUUAUUUAUGAGAACUCUUCCUGCUUUCCUUUGUGACUGUAUUUCUUACUCAGUUAUGUGAUUGCAUGUUAUUAAAAUGACGGUUGCUUCUUCUUGAUGCUAAUGGUUUGAAGCAGGAUCUAGUUAGUUCAAAUGUUUGCCUUGGCAACAAGAGUUUUGUUGCUUCUGUAGUUUUUUUGGAAGAUACCAAAUGACAUAUUGACUCUUUGUA